AUGACAAGUAAAUGGUUACUAUUGAUAUUAUAUCUUUUCAAUAUUUCCGAUCAAAGUAACUCACGUGAAUCUUCACUACAAUGCUGGAAGUGUGACGUUUCGAUUGAUUCAAUUGAAGAACCAGGAGUAUUGCAAGAUGACUGUCAAGCACAAUUUGAUUUUACUGAACAUACAUUAGAAGAUUGCGAUGGUAAAUGUUGGAAAUCAGUUGAUGUACUUGAUAUGAAACGAUUAGGAAAUAAUAGUCAAGAACGUUUGAAAUUAAAAGAUGCUGCUAUAUCAUCAUUAAAAUCGAGUCGUCGAUGUUUUUCAGCUGAAGAACUACUACGAACAGCUGAGAUGGGCAUCAGCACGUCAAAUGGAUGUCGAAAAAUACAACGAGAUAAUAAGAAACCGAUAGAAAUUUGUUUUUGUUCGGAUCAAGAUAUGUGUAACAAAGUAACCAAAUUAAGACAGAGCUUUUCUAUUUAUUGUAGCACUAUUUUAUUUGUGUUCAUGCUUACAUUGUAG